AUGUGUGAGAGCAAUCCUUUCAGCUUAGAUUUGCAGAAUUUGCAAAAUUUGGAGACAGAAUUGUGUUCAAUGACCACAAGAACGUUAAACUUCUGGCUUAUCAAAUUUGUUCAAGAAGUUUGCGACAAGGAUGGCAAGCCAUAUCCCGGGCGUACAGUAUAUCAAAUUAUACGCUCGUUGAAACGACAUCUAGACGAAAAUGGCCGGGCUGAAGCUAACAUAUUAAAUGCUAACAAUCACUGGCAGGUUGAAUUUGUUCAUUUUUAAUUAAUGGUUUAGUUUAAUUAUUUAUUGUAAUGUGAGCAUGUGUAUUACUCAGUUUCCAGACGUUCAGAAGAGUGCUGGAUAGUGAAAUGAAAGGCACCCACCGGGAAGGCGAAUCGCUUGCGGAGAAUCGUACAAGACGAGAGAAAGAGGCUAUUACAGAUAAUGAAGAAGGUUUGCUGUGGUCAAAAGGGUUGCUGGGAGACAAAACCGGAUUAAGAGCAUGUGAACACAGACAGUUAAGAUUAAGCAACUUUGUCAUAGAAAACAACAAAAUCUAUUAUCGAGAAAAUAUUUCGAAAACUUUUCAUGGAGGAUUGAAAGAUUUAAUUAAAGAAGAAACCUAG